AUGUCGCUGAGACUUUUCCAUAGACUCGACACCGCCAAGACACAGUACUACCACUUCAAGGCCGUCAUCGUGGCAGGAAUGGGGUUAUUCACCGAUGCGUACCAUCUCUUCUCUAUCGCACCGACCAUGAGACUGCUCGGACACAUAUACUACGACAAAUCCCCUGGCCACCGAAUCCCACAUAAAGUCGAAUCAGCCAUGCUGGCUGUUGCUCUCCUUGGCACAGCGAUUGGUCAACUCAUCUUCGGCAGGCUCGGCGAUCUUGUAGGGAGGAGGCGCUUGUAUGGCCUCGCCUUGAUACUUAUGAUGGCUGGCUCCAUCGGGUGUGGAUUCUCCAUAGGCACUUCAAAAGGCUACGUUCUAGCGAGUCUAGGGUUUUUCAGGUUCUUGCUUGGGGUAGCGAUCAGAGGAGAUUACCCGCUCUCAGCGACCAUCAUGUUUGAGUAUGCUAACAAGAGGAUGCGUGGAGCAUUCAUGGCAGCCGUCUUCUCAAUGCAAGGGUUUGGGAUUCUGGCGAGCUCGGUUGUGACAACGGCAGUGUGCAAGAUAUUUAGCCGAGUACCAGAAGAAGCUGAUAUUGCCUGGAGGCUGAUAUUGAUGCUAGGUGUUAUUCCAGCCGUGAUGACGUUUUACUGGCGGAUGAAGAUGCCUGAAACGGCAAGGUACACCGCUUUAGUGGAAAAUAUCCUCCAAGCUAACCAGGACAUGGAACUAGUCCUAGACAUGUCACAUUGCCAAAUCGCCGAGGGCCAUUUCUUACAGCCGAGCAAGUCAUCCUACCUUCUCUUCUCCAAGCAAUUCAUCCUCCGGCAUGGCCGCAACCUCCUUGCCUGCUCCACCACAUGGUUCCUCCUCGACAUCGUCUUCUACGGCUACCCCCUCCUCCAAUCCAAGAUCUACCUCAAGUCGCAGCACGGCAAAGACACGAACGAAGACACCGCCUUUGAUGCCGCCUUUAAGGUCGCAAGAUUACAGGUCAUCGUGGCAUGCUCCGCCAUGAUCCCUGGGUGCAUCGUCGCCUUCUUCCUCAUUGACCGCGUCGGGCGGCUCAUCAUCCAAGCUGUCGGGUUCGUCUUCAUGGCCAUCGUUUAUUUCUCCAUCGGAGUGCCAUAUGACGGAUAUUGGGAACACCACCCCAAAGCGCUGCUCAUCCUGUUCGCACUGACAUCCUUCUUCGCCAACUGCGGGCCCAACACAGCCACCUUCGUCUUGCCGGCCGAGCUGUUCCCCGCACGUUUCAGGACGACAUGCCACGGGAUCGCCGGGGCUGCAGGAAAGGCCGGGGAGAUAAUCGGCGUCGUGGGGUUGUUGAUGCCCUCAUUGGGGACGGGAGUUACAUUGAUCAUAUGGGGUGGGAUUUGCGUGAUGGGGAUGGCGGCAACCAGCAUGUUCGCGAAGGAGACUAAGGGAACAUCGCUUGACGAGAAUGAAUGA